CUCGCGAGCCGUUUCAGCGUCACGUGUGCAUCCGACACAAACGAAGUACCUACCUCUGCCAAGCACGUACAGGCAACUAUCCUGUCCGUCUGCUGACUGUCUGGCUGCACCGCACCAUCUAUGACUCUUCCGCGAUUCAUCACAUCACCGAGCUACUAAUGGCCUACCAAAAAAUGACUGCUCGACUUCUAUCAUGGACGACCACAAGGGAAUGGAUCACUUGAUUGACGGCACAGACUCUCCUGGUAUGCACACCGCGUUACAACUCACGCGGGGACAGGAAUGCCUUUCAAUGCAUAGCUGCAGCAAACAACCAAUCCCGACGCACACAGACAGUCAGCGUGACAGACCGGCGGAAACCUUCUGGGUCUUACUUCUCAUAAUUGUUGUUGACCUCACUCCAGUUCACCACCUUCCACCACUCCUUCACGUAAUCUGGCCGGCGGUUGUUGUACUUAAGGUAGUCUGUAAACACGACACACAGCGCGCCGCGCGACAGUGUUAUGCGUUGGAUGUGAAUUGGAUGCGUUGCGCUACUCACAUGCAUGUUCCCAGACAUCGAUUCCCAGGAUUGGGAUGCCGCUGCCCGAGAUCAUCAGAUUGUUGUCCUGGUUGGGCGUGGUCGUGAUCUCCAGCCCGCCCUUUUUGACGAUGAGCCACGCCCACCCCGAGCCAAAGACGGCCGUCGCCGCCUUACUGAAGGCCUCUUGGAAGCCCUCCUUGGAGCCCCACACUGCGUUGAUGGCCUGCAAAGGGUGAGGGCGAUAAGAAGGAGUGGUGUAUCUGGCAUGUCUGUGGCUAAGUGAGUGAUCCUUACCUUCUGCAGAGCUUCUGAUGGCUCGCCGCCUUUGCCGACGGGAGCCAUCAUGCGCCAGAAAAGAGCGUGGUUGUAGGCACCGCCGCCUGCAGCACAGAGAGAGGCAGCCAAGCCUACCCUUAUCUGGAUGCAGAUCAUGCACAUCCUUCUGUACCGUUGUUGCGCACGGUUGACCCCAGCUUCAUCGCCUCGGCUUGGAGAUCAGCCAAGUUCGUCGCACGGGGCUUCUUCUCCUUCAAAGCGUCAUUGAGCUUCUUCACGUAAGUGGCGUGAUGCUGCAAACAAGCAAACAAAAUGACACAAGCAACAAAAUGCAGUGGUGUGGACUCGCCUUGUCGUGGUGAAGUUGCAUUGUCGUCGCGUCGAUUGAAGGCUCCAGGGCUCCGUAGUCAUACGGGAGAUCCGGCAGCUUGUAGAAGUCUCCAUCCGCCAUGGCACACGGCACAGAGCUGAGAAAGCUCAUAAGAGAUCCCGCUGCGAGAAGAGAUGCAGUAGCCGCCUUGCGCCGGCCCACGUUGCCG